CUGAAACCAUUAAAAAAAAAGAAAAGAAAAGAAAAGUUUGUCCUGUUGCAGAAGGAUUGAGCUCCGGGACAGACAGGCAGUAGGCUACAGCUGCUUCUGUCGGAUCCAUUGACGGGACGUGUUACUGGGCGGCUUCUGACCGGAGACGGUAACUGGGUCAGUAUAUUCCGCUCCACACAGCCAGUGACGCACCGCGGGACGCACACGAUCAUGGGCUGGUCCUGGGCCGGAGUCUGCGCCGCUGCCGCGUCGGUUUUAGCGGUGCUCAGCUCACCCUGCAAAGAUGCGCAAACUUGUGGACAGCGUGAGAUCACCUGGCCCCCUGACUUCCGCGGUCAAGAGCUGGUGGAUCCAGAUCUAUUUCUGCAGAAGGAGGUAGACUUGGAAGAUUUGUUAAAUCCUGAAGAUUUCAUGGUACAGCGGGAAAUUGUUCAUCCGCCAUGGCCAAAAGAGCCUUCUAGAUUUGCAGAUAAGCCCCCACCAAGACGUCGACCUAAUUUUGGGCCCCGCUCUUUUCCUCCUGUGCUCCGCUAUCCUGUCCAGUUUCCCCUCGGCCGACCAACACCUGACAACAUCCAGGCCAUCUGUGAUCACGCCAGCCAUCGUCCCCGUUACCCGAGUUCUUACUUUCCUGACUCUGGUUUUGGCAAAAACAGGCGCAUGGCCACAGCUGUCAAUAACGCAGAGUGGUGGUUCAGCACAUGCUGCAAAGGGAACCAGACAUGGGGGCCUGAAGGGUUGCUGUGUUGCGCCACACAGGCAUGGGAGCACUCAGUUGAGCUGUUCUGUGAGGAGGAUUCGUCUGUGAAAGAUCGACUUUAUGACUGCUGCAGGCAGACAGGCCUUAACAGACUGAACUGUUUCAACGAAGAUGCUCCAAAUCCGGACUAUAAGGCAACGGAGGAGCUGCCCGUGGAGCCGGUGGGCUCCACAGAAAACUUCCACUUCGACCAAAACACUUGUCCAAGGUCUGUCGACGGGCAUGCCAAUUAUAGUGCCUCGCCAAGUAACCUGAUGAGUCUAGGCAGUGCCAGAAAAAAGGGAAAAAAGACAGAACUCAACCUAGCUACUUCCCAAAAAAUGGACAUCAGCUUCCCUCCAGGAAGGCCUACAACAGAUAACAUUGAGUCACUGUGCGGCAACCAGAAGCUUCGACCUCUCUACACAACCAAGUGCCUGCCUCGCUCGGGCUAUGAGCUUCUGGCCCGUCAGGUGAAGACCAUUAACCGUCUGGAAAAGAGAUUCAAGCAGUGCUGCAAAAAGAAGAAGGGUGCGCUCAACUGUGCUGAGCAGAAGUGGCGCGAGGAACUUAACAGGUACUGCUCAGCUGGGAAUGAUGAGCAGGUGAACCUUCAAUGUUGUCAGGCGGAUGAUCAGUAUAGCUGUUUCCAGUCACUUUCUUCGGAUCCACUCUAUAAGAUAACAUCUGCUACAGAGGUGCCCCCACUUAGCAUGAUGUGCGAUACCCAAAUUAUCAGCAUCAACAGAUUUCCUGUCGGUUCUCAACUGAAGAACCUCUGCUGCCCCCUGCCGGAGGAUGACAGAAACACUUGUUUUGCGCAAAAGCUUGAACAAAUAUCUCAGAGCCAGUGUUCAACACCCAAGCCCGCCACUCCAGCUGCCCGCCGCUGCUGCAAGAUGACUUCACCUGAAGAGAUUUUACAGUGUUUCAGCAAAAAUGUCCUGGAAGCCAUCAACAAAGCAGCCAAUAAGGGCCAGAAGAAGAAGAAGAAAAUAUGCCCCAUCCCUUAAACACAUAUAACACUGACAGGAACUGAUAAAUUUCUGCAAAUUGUAACCUUGCUCCAGCUGUGGUUUACAGUCACUGAGCACAAGCAAGUACUGAAGGGGUAUUAAAAACGUAGAUCACUUUGUUGCUUCAUCUAAUCCCGGAGUAAACUACAAUUAUCACAUGACAAGGAUUGCUAAAGCGAUGGAUAAACUGAAUAUUUUUCAAUGCAUAUAGUGUCCAAUCAGACUCCUGUCUUUGUUGCUUAGCCACUGUUUUCUUGUUAUUGCUGCUCUUUACAUAUUUGAUUAUGAAUGCAUUUUGAUGAAACCUUAAAAAAGAUACAAAAGGAAUUUUAUAUGGAUUUUUAUCUGACACAGUUUUAGUAAAAACAUGUUUAAAUCUUAUUUGGGCUUACUGUGAGUCACUUGACAUUUUAAAUCCUGGCUUAGGUAAGCAGUAUUCAGUGCUGGUGAAAUACAUUCAUCACAGGCAUGUAUAUCGUAUUAUGGCUAUAAACAAGGUUUUAAACAUCAUACAGUGUCUAAUUUUAAUUUCAACAGUAAAAAUCGAGGGACAAGUAUGUUUAUAUUGUGGAUUCUGUCUAAUCCACAUAUAAACAUAUGCAUACACAGCUGGUAAUUAAAUAAAAAUGUCCACUAGCAAACUGUGAUUUGGGUACAGCCUUCUUGUAACCAUCGGGAUAAGCAGAAUUGUUGUUGCAUAUUUAACCACUUUUCUUGCUAGAUUUGAUAGAGUUAAUUCAAACUGAUUGGUUUUAGGCUUAGUAUGGAGCUUUUAGACAUAGUGCUCAAGUCUUUAAUGUGGUCGAGAUCAGAGGCAUCCGAACGUAUGAACAUAAGCGCACAAUUUAUGCACUCCAAAGUCAGAGUUAAAGUGUGUUUGAGAUCAUUAUCCUUUCGGAAUAUCCAGUUGUCUCCACAUUUCAUUCUAGCUUUUAAUUCAAGAUGAAACUGAUGAAUUUGGAGGUCAUACCCCCUUUUGUAAUUCUGAUGACCGUGUCCAAUAAACUAGUACUUUUUGCAGUCAAA